CAAAGCAAUAACUGGUUUUGACUUGGAAUGACCAAGACUUUUUUUGAGUGUUAUUUCGUUAACGAAAUGUCGUGUUUCAGAGGUCUACUUAAUGUAUUUUUUCAAAUUCUUAAUAUUCUGUUUUGUUUAGCAGGUGUUGGUCUCAUAGCUCUGGGAGGAAUUAUUUUUAUGGUACUUUGUACAAAUGACAACUCCAAACCCGGUCAGUUAGUUCCGAUUUUGUUGGUUCUGGUUGGUUUAGUUAUAUUUUAUAUUUCCAUUACGGGAUUUGUAGGAAGUUGUAUGGAAAACACCUCUAUGCUUAUCACGUAUUCAGUAACACUAUUGGUCAUCCUUAUUAUUCAAGUUGGUUUGGGCACUUUUGCAUACAUCAAAAUUAGGGACGAAAAAAUACAACUGCAAGAGCUGUUCAAAUGUUGUAGAGUUGAGGGUGGUAUUUCAAAAUAUCAAGCAGAUGAAAUGUUACUCCACAUGGCCGAACCAAUUUGUGAUGCCUUUCUAUUUUCUGUUUUGAAAAUAAUUGAUAGUAAUGUGGGUUAUAUGCUUUUUGGACUAGUUGGAGAAGAAUUAAUUUGCAUAUUAUUGGGAACAUGUUUGAUGAUUUUUAUAAGGAAAAACAAUAAGGAAUAUUUUGGAUCAACAAUGGAGACUCAGGAAAAAAAGCCUUUCUUGCAUCAGCCCGCUUGUUCUCGAAAAUCGUCCAUAGAAAAAGUCUGAUUUUAACCAUAUUUAUUUUUUAUUAUACAUUUUUAAAGAUUUAAACAUAAAAAUAAACAA